AGUGUCUAGACUGGCAUAUGAUGGGAGGCAGCCAAUGACUCCGCGGCGCUCCUCCGGGGGCCCUCAGUGUGCGUUUGAGGAGAACAAAAAAGAGAGAGCCGAGCGGGGGAGCGAGCGAGGGAGCCGAGCCGAGAGAAAGAGCCGCCGGGCGCUGCCUCGCCAGACCUCGCCGGGACCGCGGGGCCACCGGGAGGCACUUUUUGUGGAGGGGGGAGGGGGACGACCUCUGCAGCCGCAGCGUCCGAGGCGUCCGAGCGCAGCGUGGGGCGGGCUACGACCUCUGCCUCGGUGGAUUGCAUUUUUAAUUAAGGGUUCCCAGCAGCUCUUUGGGAUUUUUACAGUUUCCACCCAUGUGUUGACACCCGCGUUCAGGAGAAAUUCGCUCCAAGUGCAUCUAGCGCCUGGGACCUGAGACGGAGUUGGCCUUUCGUGCAUGCAAUUCCAGGGAUUUUAGUUUUGUUUGGGCUUUUUCUUUCUUUCCUUUUUUUUUUUUUUUUUUCCUUUUCUGCAGGGAGUAAGAAGGAAGCCGAGGGUAUCAACAAGCCUGCCUUUCGGAUCCUGCAGGAAGAGCCCAUGUAGUGAAGCGCUUGGGUUUUAAAGGCAGGGCUUCCCAGACACAUUUGAAGGGUUCGGCGCGAGCGCUUUGUGCUCAUGGACCAGCCGCGCGACUUUUGAGGGCUCGCCGGCCCAUGCGGGGUCUUUCCGGCGGCGCGCCGCCUGCAGUCCCUCUAAAGCUCCGGGGCUGGAGUUGCUGAGCGGCCCGGGCGCUGGGGUCCAUGUAGCCGCGGGCCGGGCGCGGACCGCGGCUGGGCGUGCGUGCGUUCCCCGCCGUCCCGCCCCGGCGAGCUCCCUCAUGUUGCAGCCUUGCGGCGCCCCUUCGACGACAGGCUGUGCGCGGUCUGCACGGCGCCCGGCGGCAGAGCUUCAUGUGGGGCUGCGGCCCGCGCAGCCGGCGCCUCGCUGAGGAAACGGACCCCCGGUAACCGGAGACCGCCUCCCCACCGCCCCACCCCCGGCGCCAAAGGAUAUCGUAUGUUCAGGUCCAAACGCUCGGGGCUGGUGCGGCGACUUUGGCGAAGUCGUGUGGUCCCCGACCGGGAGGAAGGCGGCGGCAGCGGCGGCGGCGGCGGCGGCGGCGGCGGCGACGAGGAUGGCAGCGUGGGCAGCCGAGCUGAGCCGGCCCCGCGGACACGAGAAGGAGGAGGCUGCGGCCGCCCCGAAGUCCGCCCGGUAGCCCUGCGGCGGCCCCGGGACGCGGUGGGACAGCGAGGCGCCCUGGGCGCUGGGAGGCGCCGGCGCGCAGGGGGCCCCCCGAGGCCCAUGUCGGAGCCGGGGGCCGGCCCUGGGGGCUCCCCGCUGGACGUGGCGGAGCCGGGAGGCCGGGGCUGGCUGCCCGAAAGUGACUGCGAGACGGUGACCUGUUGUCUCUUCUCGGAGCGGGACGCCGCCGGUGCGCCCCGGGACGCCGGCGACCCCCUGGCCGGGGCAGCUCUGGAGCCGGCGGGCGGCGGGCGGAGUCGCGAAGCCCGCUCGCGGCUGCUGCUGCUCGAGCAGGAACUCAAGACGGUCACGUACUCGCUGCUCAAGCGGCUCAAGGAGCGCUCGCUGGACACGCUGCUGGAGGCGGUGGAGUCCCGGGGCGGCGUGCCGGGCGGCUGCGUGCUGGUGCCGCGCGCCGACCUCCGCCUGGGCGGCCAGCCCGCGCCGCCGCAGCUGCUGCUCGGCCGCCUCUUCCGCUGGCCCGACCUGCAGCACGCCGUGGAGCUCAAGCCCCUGUGCGGCUGCCACAGCUUCGCCGCCGCCGCCGACGGCCCCACCGUGUGCUGCAACCCCUACCACUUCAGCCGGCUCUGCGGGCCAGAAUCACCGCCACCCCCCUACUCUCGGCUGUCUCCUCGCGACGAGUACAAGCCACUGGAUCUGUCUGAUUCCACAUUGUCUUACACUGAAACGGAGGCCACCAACUCCCUCAUCGCGGCUCCGGGUGAAUUCUCAGACGCCAGCAUGUCUCCGGAUGCCACCAAGCCGAGCCACUGGUGCAGCGUGGCCUACUGGGAGCACCGGACACGGGUGGGCCGCCUCUAUGCGGUGUACGACCAGGCCGUCAGCAUCUUCUACGACCUACCUCAGGGCAGCGGCUUCUGCCUGGGCCAGCUCAACCUGGAGCAGCGCAGCGAGUCGGUGCGGCGCACGCGCAGCAAGAUCGGCUUCGGCAUCCAGCUCAGCAAGGAGCCCGACGGCGUGUGGGCCUACAACCGCGGCGAGCACCCCAUCUUCGUCAACUCCCCCACGCUGGACGCGCCCGGUGGCCGCGCCCUGGUGGUCCGCAAGGUGCCCCCCGGCUACUCCAUCAAGGUGUUCGACUUCGAGCGCUCCGGCCUGCUCCAGCACGGGCCCGAGCCCGAUGCCGCCGACGGCCCCUACGACCCCAACAGCGUGCGCAUCAGCUUCGCCAAGGGCUGGGGGCCCUGCUACUCCCGGCAGUUCAUCACCUCCUGCCCCUGCUGGCUCGAGAUCCUCCUCAACAGCCACAGAUAGCGGCCCCCCACCUGCCCCGCCGCCGGGGGCCCCGUGCCCAGAGACGCAGCCCCCCCGGACGAACCUCCCCCCCAGAUAUCAUCUACCUAGAUUUAAUAUAAAGUUUUAUAUAUUAUAUGGAAAUAUAUAUUAUACUUGUAAUUAUGGAGUCAUUUUUACAAUGUAAUUAUUUAUGUAUGGUGCAAUGUGUGUAUAUGGACAAAACAAGAAAGACGCACUUUGGCUUAUAAUACAGAUAUAUUUUCUUUCUUUUCCUCCUUUCUCUUCUUUAUGUUUUGUUUUUGGUUUUUAAGAAAAUGAUACAGCAGAGCUAGGUGGAAAAGCCUGGGUUUGGUGUAUGGUUUUUGAAAUAUUAACGCCCAGACAAAAAGCUAA